CUGUUGCCAAAAACAUAUGUUUUUGCCCACAGACCGGCAGCAUUUUAGUUAUUUUGUUUUUCAAUUAAUAGUUAAAAUUUAUAAAAGAAAGAGCAUCAAAAUGUCCACAACAGUUGGUGCCCACUACAUAUCAGAGAAGAUAUCAAAGGUGCGUUGGCUGCCAGAGAAACUGCAGCAGAGCGAACGCUUCCUGACCGGCAGUUGGGACAUGGACAACAAUUUUGUGCGCGUGUGGCGUCUGCACGCCAAUCCAUACGCACAGGGUCUAGAGCAUACACCGCGCUGCAACGACAAAGUGGCAGUCGAGGGUGAUGUCACAGGCUUGGAGUUUCUCAACGAUGAUACCUUCGCUGUGGGCUGCGCCGACGGCCACCUGAGCUUGUUCCACGUGCAACGAGCCGUUGAGGAAGAUCAAAUUCAGCGCAAGGCACGCAGUGAACGCCUCCACGAAUUCAAAUGCAGUCAAACUAGGGCACCUUGCACGGCAAUCGCGGUAUACGGCACGGACAUAGCCACCAUUGGCGAGGAUGGACGCCUAAACGUUUUGAGUGCCAACAAUUUGAAGCAGGUGAAGCGAGCUAUCGACGCGGACAGCAUGACACUCUUGGCCGUAUCCUAUGUAAGCCAGCAUCAGCUGGUGACCGCCAACCGAAUGGGUGUCAUUCGCAUGUUCGAUGUACGCACAGCCGGCGAUGGACAGCCAAAAGCCUCAUUUAUGGCCGCUUGCCAGGACACGAAGAGCUCGAACUUUGUCUCUGCGAUGGCCACACAUCCCAUGCAGCAGCACAUACUCAUCUGCGGCAGCGAGGAGGGCUCUAUUACAGUCUGGGAUCUGCGCAAUUUGGAUUACCCGGCCUCAUAUCUGAGCGCACACAACAGCCCCAUCACCGAUAUAGGAUUUCAUCGCCAGGAUCCGUCCAAGCUGUUCAGUGCAGCCGAGGCCGGUGAGGUGUGGAUGUGGUCGGAGAAGAAACAGCACUUUGAUGCCAGCCAAAACGAUGGCAGUAGCGCCUGGCUCUGCGGUGAUCGUCUGCGCACCAUGGUCAAUGUUGAUGGCGUCCUAACCAACAUACGCAAAGCGGUCAAUUCAUUCGAUGUUCAUGGCUCAAGGAUGGUCUGUGGCAGCGAUACGGAAGCUGUUUAUAUCGUAAAUGAUGUUUAAACAUUUCUCGAUUUCUACUGCAUUUAAAAUACAUUUAUACUUCUAUUAAAUUUUUUGCUUCUGUUAUUCUAACUUGAA